AUGCUAACGAAUGCAAAUGAGAAGGCCCGCCGCCGCCGCUCCGCCGAGCUUCCCGGAUCCGAGCCCAGACGGCGGCGGCUCGGGCAGCCUGGGCGCCGCGACCCUCGGCGGCCACAGGGGGACGGGGAGGCGGAGGAGGAGAAGGAGGAAGAGGCGGAGGCAGCGGCGGCGGCCGCGAGGAGGAGGAGGGAUCGCCCGCCCGCCCCGGCGCAGACAUGGUGGACUGAUCUCCGGCGGGGCCGAGAGCUGGGCUUCCUGAGGCGCCCCCCGCGCGUGCCCCGCCGCGACCCGCGCCGCAGCCCCUCGCCGGCGCCCGUGUCGGCUGCAGCGGCCGGGCCGGACGGCCGCGUUCCCGCCGCGUCCCGCGCCCGGUCCCUAUGGAGGCGCCGCUCGCCGGCGAGGCCGCCGACCAUGCCUAGGAGGGCCGGGAGCGGGCAGCUGCCGCUACCCCGGGGCUGGGAGGAGGCCAGGGACUACGACGGCAAGGUCUUCUACAUCGACCACAACACCAGGAGGACCAGCUGGAUCGACCCCCGGGACAGGUUAACGAAGCCCCUGUCCUUUGCUGACUGUGUUGGGGACGAGCUGCCGUGGGGAUGGGAAGCAGGGUUUGACCCUCAGAUCGGUGUCUACUACAUCGAUCACAUCAACAAAACCACGCAGAUUGAAGACCCAAGGAAACAAUGGAGGGGGGAACAGGAGAAAAUGCUCAAGGACUACCUGUCGGUGGCUCAGGAUGCUCUCAGGACGCAGAAGGAGCUGUACCACGUGAAGGAGAGAAGGCUGGCCCUGGCCCUGGACGAAUACGUGCGAUUAAAUGAUGCCUAUAAGGAGAAGUCAAGUUCUCGCACAAGCUUAUUCUCAGGAUCUUCGUCCAGUACUAAAUAUGAUCCUGAUAUUUUAAAAGCUGAGAUCUCUACUACACGAUUAAGGGUUAAAAAGCUGAAGCGAGAACUCUCACAGAUGAAGCAAGAAUUGCUCUAUAAAGAACAAGGCUUUGAAACAUUGCAACAAAUUGAUAGAAAAAUGUCUGGAGGCCAGAGUGGCUAUGAACUUAGUGAAGCCAAAGCCAUUCUAACUGAACUGAAAUCUAUCAGAAAGGCUAUCAGCUCAGGAGAAAAAGAAAAACAAGACCUGAUGCAGAGUCUUGCUAAGCUGCAGGAGAGGUUUCAUUUGGAUCAGAGCAUUGGCAGAUCUGAGCCAGACUUGCGAUCCAGUCCUGUGAACUGUCAUUUAUCUCUCUCCAGACAGACCCUUGAUGCUGGGUCACAGACAAGCAUUUCCGGAGAUAUCGGAGUGAGAAGUAGAUCGAAUUUAGCUGAGAAGGUCAGACUGAGUCUACAGUAUGAAGAAGCCAAGAGAAGUAUGGCCAACCUGAAAAUCGAACUAUCGAAAUUGGACAGUGAGGCCUGGCCUGGGGCACUGGAUGUGGAGAAGGAGAAGCUAAUGCUAAUCCAUGAAAAAGAGGAAUUCUUGAAAGAGCUUCAGUUUGUCACUCCACAAAAACGCAGCCAAGAUGAACUGGAAUGUCUGGAAGCUGAGCGGCAGCGGCUGGAGGAGGAGCUGCUGUCCGUGUGGGCCACGCCAAGCCGCGCGCUGGCCGACAGAUUGAAAUUGGAGGAGCGAAGAAAAGAGCUGCUACAGAAACUUGAAGAAACUACUAAAUUAACUACUUCUUUGCAUUCACAGCUUAAAAGCCUCUCUGCCAGCACCCUGUCCGUGUCAUCUGGGAGCAGCCUGGGUUCCCUAGCCUCCAGCCGGGGGUCUCUGAACACCUCCAGCAGAGGGUCGCUCAAUUCCCUCAGCUCCAGCGAGCUCUAUUACACCGGUCCAGGCGACCAGAUGGACACAGAUUAUCAGUAUAAACUGGACUUCCUCCUGCAGGAGAAAGGCGGUUACAUUCCCUCAGGACCCAUCACCACCAUCCAUGAAAACGAAGUGGUCAAGUCCCCCGGCCAGCCAGGCCAGAGCGGUCCCUGUGGGGCGGCGGCCACAGCCGCAGGCCACCCUCCCCCGCUGACUGAGGCCCCCACGUCGGUGACGUCCCUGUCCUCGCGGUCCUCCCUCUCCUCCCUGUCCCCCCCUGGCUCUCCCUUGGUCUUGGAAGGCGCGUUUCCCAUGUCUUCUCAUGACAGCCCUCUCCAUCAGUUCACUGCGGACUUUGAAGACUGUGAACUGAGUGGUCAUUUUGCAGACAUUGGCCUCGGUGAAAAUCCGAUGUUGCUGGAUUCCAGUUCAGGAGGCACAUCCCACACUCUUCUAGAGGAUAAGGACCUCCACGAGUGUGCUGGGGAGCCCAUGUAUGAAGGAACUGCAGAUGUGGAAAAAUCAUUACCAAAAAGAAGAGUCCUCCACUUGCUUGGGGAGAAAGCCACUUGUGUGUCAGCUGCCGUAUCUGACGAGUCUGUGGCUGGAGACAGCGGGGUCUACGAAGCUUUCGUGAAACAGCCUAGUGAGGUUGAAGACGUUACCUACAGCGAAGAGGACGUCGCCGUCUUGGAGACGGCGCAGGUGCAGAUCGGACUCAGAUAUGACGCGAAAAGGUCAAGCUUCAUGGUGAUUUUAGCACAACUCCGAAAUCUUCAUGCCUUCUUGAUACCUCAUACUUCAAAAGUGUAUUUCAGGGUCGCCCUGCUGCCCUCCUCAACUGACGUCAGCUGUCUGUUUCGAACAAAAGUCCACCCAGCCACAGAAUCCAUUUUAUUCCAUGAUGUCUUCAGAGUGGCCAUUUCCCAAACAGCCUUACAGCAGAAGACGCUGAGGGUGGAUCUUUGCUCUGUCAGUAAACCUCGAAGGGAAGAAUGCCUGGCUGGAACUCAGAUCAGUUUGGCAGAUUUACCAUUUUCCAGUGAGAUUUUCACUCUGUGGUAUAACUUGCUUCCUUCUAAGCAAAUGCCUUGUAAAAAGAAUGAAGAGGAAAAUGAGGGUACUGCAUACCAGCCAGACCAGCCAUUGGUAGAGUCUAUAGACUUGGAUGCGGUGUCAGCCUUACUUGCAAGGACAUCAGCUGAGCUACUGGCUGUGGAACAAGAAUUAGCACACGAAGAACCGGGGCAGGAAGACGAGCACAGGGGUCCAGACGGAGACUGGCUAACCAUGCUCAGAGAGGCCUCUGAUGAAAUUGUGGCCGAAGAAGAGGCUGAAGGUCAAUUGCCAGAGGGCAGUGGCUGUACAGAAGACAUAAGCUCCUGCCAGCGUAUGCCUGAGAUGGAGAAAGACACAGCACGGGGAGGGGACAACCAUGCCCAGGACCUGGGGAACCAGCCCCCCACCGGGGCAGCCACGCUUGUUGAUAAAGAGACGAACACCGACGAGGCAGGUGCCAGCGCGGCCGUUCGGCCCAAAGACCGCAGCAGCCUGAGCGGGCGGCAGCGGCCGGUGGUGAGGAGCAGCGUGAUCGUGCGCUCGCAGACCUUCUCGCCGGGCCAGCGGUACCAGCACGUCUGCAGGUUGAAUCGAAGUGACAGUGACAGCUCAACCCUGGCUAAAAAGUCACUGUUCGUGAGAAACUCCACCGAACGGCGCAGUUUGAGGGUCAAAAGGGCGGUUUGCCAGCCCGCCCUCCGGAGGACAGCACAGGGGUGCUCGGCGCGCACGUCCCUCGACCUGGAGCUGGACCUUCAGGCGUCUCUCACCCGGCAGAGCCGCCUCAACGAUGAGCUGCAGGCCCUCAGGGGCUUGAGGCAAAAGCUGGAGGACCUGAAAGCCCGGGGGGAGACCGACCUUCCCGCGGGCGUGCUGGAAGAUGAGAGGUUCCAGAGGCUCCUGAAACAGGCUGAGAAGCAGGCUGAACAGUCAGAAGAAGAGCAGAAGCAAGGCUUGAAUGCAGAGAAAUUGAUGAGGCAGGUCUCCAAGGAUGUGUGUCGGCUCCGCGAGCAGAGCCGGCAGGUGCCCCGGCAGGUGCAGAACUUCAGGGAGAAGAUUGCCUACUUCACCAGAGCAAAGAUCAGCUUCCCAUCCCUGCCAGCUGACGACGUAUGAUUACACGGCUGAGGAAGUCAGCCCUUCACCUGCUCAUUUCCUAGGGAGGGCGAAAGACUGAACAUUGGCCUUGUUUGGGGGGCGGUGGGGGCGGUGGGGUGGGAGGGACCUUUUGUAACAUAACUGCCAACCCUUAAAGAGGUUUUCUUUCACACCAGAUCUUCAACAUGUUAAUUUGUAAAGUACCUUAAAUAUAAUUCUUAUAUGUUUAAAAAAGAAAAAUUAGCUGACCCAACUGGGAGAAUCUGGUACCCAGACACUGUACAGUCUGUGAGUAUUGCCGGUGGGCUGUAUUUUGUAAAAAUGGAAUCCGGGCAGCCCCCGGCGUGUGUCCUGUUGAACCGACUAUAGAGAAAUAACUCAGUUUAGCAGAAGGUGGCUUUUGCUUUUCCUCUGUCGUCUGGUGAGUGUGAAGCUGGCAGCCAGCCAUGCGCAUUCUGUACUGGAGAGCAGCUCUCUGAGUGUGCAGGUGACCUGAGUCGGAGCUUCAGUGCCGAGUCCCAGGCCCACGCAGGGCAGGGGCUGCACACACUCCGUCACCUGUGCGGGAGCACUUUGUUUCCUUAAAACAAUUUCCUUUUUGUCCUUUUCUGUUUGUCUAAAGAAAGCAGAAACAAAAUGCUGGGUGCAAGAAUAGAAGAACACAAAAGAGCAGCAGCCCUGGCUCCGCCGAAGGCCUCAUGAUUUAUGACCGUAAGCAGAGAGCCGGGUGCCCAGGAACCACACACGCAGGCUCAGCGGCGGGUGCGAACCCAGCCUGGCUGUGCACAAGUGGUCAGAUGGGUUGCCCUGGUGGUGUUUGGCCUCCGUGUGAGGAUGGGGCCAGGCAGAGGUCCAGGGGCCAGUGUUCUAAGGACCAGCGGUGCCGGCAGCGUGAGGGGAGACAUGAGCGCACAGGUGGUGGACAGGAACAGAGGGGAGGGGUCCGGACUGAAUCAGGGAGGCCAAAAAAUGCUUGGAUUACCUUAUUCAACAGCUUUCUCCCUUUUCCUAGGAAUUACUUUGCAGCCCCCAUUUCCAGGAGAUCCUCUCAUCUGUGGUAAGGACAGUUGGAGGCAGAGAGGCGUGUGCCUGGGGACAUUAUUAAUUUGAAGUAUAGACUGUCAUUUGCUCAAAAGAACACUUCCUAGAUGAGCAAGUUGAGAGAGAGAAACGGACUGAAGUGCCCUCCAGGGUGGAGUUUUAGCUCCCCCACCCAGGCACUUCUUAAACACAUCCCCAGUACAGCUCUGCCAGCAUAAAGACUUUUAAAAUAAAGAGUAUUUAUGCGAUUGAAACCACACUUAUUACUUAGUCCAUCAUACUGGAAGAGGCAGGUUUUGGUUAACCAUCAAAUAUAGCAAACUAAAUCAAUUUUUUUUUUGGAAAUGCAAGAAUCAUCUUAAAGGAAUGGGCCCCUUAAAAAAAAAGUUCUGUUCCUAAGCUAGAAUCCUCAUUAGCAAGAAUUUUUCUUUCCUUGAAAGUAAUUAUACAUAUUUUGGAAAGUUCAUUUUACCACAGUCAAAAUUCAAAUUAAGCAAUUUCUGAGCCUAGAACUUUAAUUAUGUUUUCUUUAAGUGUCUCCCACCACUUAACAUACAAAUGUCUUUAAAGCCGUAACUGGAUGUGACCCUGCUUUGAAGAAAACCCAGCCUCAUGGAGUGACUGAGCACAGUCCUUCCAGGCUGCCCAAUGUGUUGGAUGACUAAGGACAGCUAGAAAAAGAGCACCAUUCAUCCUUGUCAAGGUCAAAUGUGAAAGACAGAAGUUUAUUUAAUGUAGAGUUAAAUGAAGGUCAGCUGUUUCCAGCUUCUUAGUUUGACCAUGAAAAAUGUUUAUAGAAUUAUGUGUAGUUGUACCGUACGAUUUUAUUUUCUUCAUUUAUUUAUUUACGGUCUUAUUUAUGUACUGUUUAAUAUAUAGUUCGGUUCUGGCCAUUUUAAAUGUUUGACAUAGAAGAGGCUAUAUUGGAAUAUUUACAGCUUUAUAAAUCUUCAUCAGAUUAGCUGUUAACUUUUUGUAAUACAAAAAGUUUCAGGCAAGUAUAAAAGAAUAAAAUCUGUCUCAGGCUGGUCGUUAACAGUUUUGUCCAAAAUGUUUUGGGUUUUAUUUUAUAACAUUUGCUCAUUUCUAAUAUGAAAGACAAAAUUACUUUAAUAUAAUCGUUCUCCACACUUUAAAAAUCAGCAAUAGUGUUAUGUAUUUAUAGGCAGCUUUUAACAAUCCUGUCAUAUUUGUACUAACCCCAAUGAUUCACAGUGACAAACCAUUUUAAUAACUUGAUCACAAAACCAUAUGGACAAUAUGAAUUUUAAUAUUAUAAAUACAAUUUUUUAAGGUAGAAUUUAUUCUGCACAGGGUAAAACGAAUGUAAUAUUUAGUUCUCAAGUUUGAAUUAUCACUAUGUUAUUACAGUUUUGUAUAUCAGAAUCUAAGUGUUACAGGUACAAACAGAAUUUUGGUAGCCGAAUGAACAAAGUUUAGCUGAAUCUGUCUGUAGCAUGCAAAUCAAAUAAAUUUUUAAAAAAUUUUUUGCUAUUACUUUAUAAUUGUAUUAAAUAUCAAAAGCUCAGGACUGAACUAAAUAUUUAAUCAGGUUAAAUUCUGACUAUAUUUCUGUUUUAAUUUGUACAAGUAUGCAAAUACAUCACAUAGAUUAACUUUGG